CUGGGUUAUGUACUAGUGGUAAAUGAUGUGGUUUUUCCUUUUUGUAAUUUGAAGCGGUUGCACGGAGUGGGUUGAAAGCUAUGUAAAUAAAUUUGCAGUUACCAGCACCGAGUCAUUUAUAAAUAUGCGAAAUUUGAUUUUCUUGUGUUAUCUCCAUUAUGCAAUUGGUGGUAUUAAAACAAAUUUACCAAGCACCAUUCCUAGAAUUAUGGAAGAAAACGGUAAACCUCUGUCUGCAAAAACUCUAAAUCUUGCCAAAACAGUUGGAACUGCAAGUUUGCCUGCCUCAAAAGAUAUUUUAUUAGAUAGACAUAUGGGAAGAGAACAUGAGCUUGAUACCCCUCCAAUUAAUCGAGUAAAAACUUCUGAAAUAAACACAACUCAAAAUAACAGCCUAUCAGGAGUGAAGCAAGACAAAAUGGAACUUAGUUCUAAGGUACAAAAGGAUGAUGCUAAGACAAGUGUUCCAAAGAAAGGAGUUACUAUGCCUGAUCAACCUGACUUCAGCAACUCAAUUCACCAAAGUGCUGCUAAUAAAACAAAUGUUACGAAUAUACCGAUUAAGCCUCAUAAAAAGCCCUUAGUAACAGAGUCAGAUGCUUCUAUGGAAGUAUCAAAAGAGGACAAUAUAAAAAACUCUCUCCAAGUAGAACAAAUUGAUCCAGUACUGCUACAUCAAAAAAGUCAAGGAUCGGAGUAUAUUGUGCCAAUUGUAGCGGUCAUUUUGUCAGUACCUUUAGUUGCCAUUUUAAUAUCUGUACUGUAUAAGCGUGGUAUGGAUUGGUGGUUGCACAGAAACUACAAAAGGAUGGAUUUUUUGAUUGAAGGCAUGUACCAAACCUAACAUCUAUAAUAUUUUUUAUUCAAUUAUGAAGAAAUAAUAUUGGUAUGAACAAAAAACCAUGGAUACUACAUUUAUUUUAGAAACAGUACACACAUAUAUGUAAAUAUUUCCACUCAAUAUUACAUGUAUAUUUUGUAUAAUAUGUAUGUUAAUGCCUUUUUGAAUUUUACAAUUAUAUUAAUUUUCAGAAUAAAUUUAUAUAUUUGAUGUAUGUAAAUGUAUUAAUUUUUAAAAGCAAUUGCUUAAUACAUAUUUCUGAAUUAUGUACUGUAGGUGAUACUAGGUCGUAGUACUUUUCCAUUUGUAACCGAAUAAGUUUUCCAUUAUUUGCAAAGUUAAUAAUUUUGUCUCUGAUAGUUUGCCAAAUUUUUUAUAAUUAGCUUGUGGUAUUUACUUAAUUAAUGCCAAUUAGUGCCUUAAUCCAAAUGCAAUAUUAUAUUUGUGAUAUACCUAUAGUUUAAAGAUAAGCGUAAAAUUGUAUAUCUACCCAGAUAUCUUUAUGUAUUUUUAUACUGUUGUAACUAAAUAAA